AUGGCGGCAGGACAAGCGUUGCAUCGAUUCAAGCCAUUCCGCCACGACGCCGCCAUCGCCAUCCUCGUGCUGCUCGCCGUCGCCGUCGGCCAAUGCGACGCGUUGGCUCAAGCGCCGCGACAGGGCAACCUCAAGCACUACAGCGUGCGUCUCCACUCCUCCCUUCCCCUCGCCGCGUAUAGCCGGGGUUUCUCGAUCUACCCGGGGUGGACGGAUGACGACCAGACCGGCAGCGCCUCUGUGCCGGCCUCCCUCAUGGCCACGCCGACCACGCUGGCGGCGGAGGCGCGGACCAUGAUCGGGCGCGGAAUCCCCCGGCGCGCGCGGCUGACGAUGGAAAACCCCCAGAUUCGCACGCACGCGAAUCUGCUGGAGUAUCAGCAGAACCAGGUCGCCGCUUCUGUGGGUCUUUCCGCGGACCAAAUCACUUACAGCUUCAAGUACGCGCUGCACGGGUUCGCGGCGCUGCUGACGCCCCUCCAGGCGUGGCAGCUGCGGCGGCACUCGGCAGUGGCGUCGGUGCGGGAAAGCUACGAAGUGCGACACCUCACGACCGACUCGCCCACGUUCCUGAACAUGGGCGGCGACGGGUCGCUGUGGCCCAACAACGGCGGGCAGAGCAGCGCGGGUGACGGCAUGGUUGUCGCAAUCGUCGACACGGGCAUCUGGCCGGAGCACCCGUCGUUCAGCGACUCGGGUUUCAGCUCCACGAAGCCAGCGGGAUGGACGGGCAAGUGCGACACGACAGCAGACUUCAAGUGCAACAACAAGAUCAUCGGCGCGCGUGCCAUCUACGCCGGCGCCAAGAAAGACAAAGGCAGCGACCCCGACCUCACUGCUGAUUGGCUCUCGCCUCGCGACGCGGGAAGCCACGGCACCUGGUGUGCUGGAGCUGCGGCCGGCAACAAGGAUGUGGCUAUGGCGGGCGGCAAGGCGAGCGGCAUGGCGCCGGCUGCCAGGCUGGCGAUCUACAAGGUGUUCUGGACGUACAAUGGCUCCAACACUGCCAACUCUGAUGACAUCUUGGCAGCCGUAGAUCAAGCGGUGGCGGACGGCGUGGAUGUGAUCUCGCUCUCACUGGGAGGCAUCUAUGAGGGUGCCUCGUACUUUGAUGAGAUUCCUCUGCUCAAUGCGAACCUCGCGGGGGUGUUUGUGACGUAUGCUGCGGGCAACUCCGGACCUCCCAACGGCACCGACGUUAACUCGUACAGAACCCUUUCCAACUUCUCACCUUUCUACCUCACUGUUGGAGCAAGCUCCAUUGAGCGUAAUGGUGCUGUCCUUCCCAAGGCCAUCAACGACUCAUCAUCAGCUUCCAUGCUGUCUGCAUACCCUCUAGGCGACGCUGCCCCCCGGAUUGGAAGCUUCUCGUCCACUGGCCCCGUCUGCCCCCCCUGGACCAAUGCCGUCAAUGCAGGACCCACCAACAGCAUCUUAAAGCCCGACAUCGUCGGCCCUGGCGUGAAACUGUACGCUGCCGCCCCGGGAAAGACGGUCAUGUCUGCUAUCAUGACAACGGCGGUUACAUCCAACACCGAUGACAAGAACAUCAAGAAUGACAACGGCGACUCUGCAACGCCGUGGGAGAUGGGUCAGGGGCAUGUGUACCCGCCCAAGGUGCUCGACCCUGGGCUCACGUACGACGCCCGUGCAGCCUACUACAUGAACUUUCUCGCAGGGCAGAGCCUUUCAAAGGCACAGGCAGAGUUCCCCGAUGCAAAGCUUGUGAAAAUGCCUCCUCGGAACCUGAACCGGGCGAGCAUCGCUGUGGCCCGGCUGAAAGGGAAUCUCACUGUGACCAGGCGCGUGACUAAUGUUGCGGACUCUAAGUCCACGUACAAGGUCAAGAUCAAGUCUCCCAAAGGGGUGUCUGUUAAGGUUUCUCCCAAGAAGUUCACCAUUGGUGCGGGUAAGAAGGUGUGGUACACGGUGACUCUCAAGGUUACAAAAACUUCAGAGGAGUUCAAGUAUGGGAGCCUCACCUGGAAGGAUGGGGAUGGUCACUCGGUGCGGACUGUGCUGGCAGUCCAGCCAGUCGCAAUGUGA